AUCACAAAACAUGUAGAAAAAUCUACCAUGUCAAAUGCAUAUAAAUUGAGCACACCUGCUGCAUCAAGAGAAGCAACAUAAGGAGACCAAAAUUAGAAGAACUACAUAUAGCAACAGAUUGCCAUAGAAAUGGCAUGCUCUGUCUUUCAUCUGCUAGUGAUUCUAUUGGGGAUUUGUCACCUCCUAAGCUUAACCGACGCCGUUCCGGUCACAAGAAUUGAAAAACUAUGGCAUGGAAAUGGAAUUCAAACUCCUCAAGUUAUAGAGAAUGCCCACCUCCAGGCAAGUAUUGAGAAGAAUUUGGAGCAAGAGGUGGUUGUGGUUAAAGGAAGGAUAUUGACGGUGGAGGUGAAUGAUUAUCCAGGAUCAGGUGCCAACAACCGCCACACUCCACGGCCACAAGUUGGAAGAUGUGUGGACUGUUAAAUUUAUUACUAUCAUUAUUUAGCCAGUAGAAAUACUCUUUAAUAUAUAUAUAUAUAUAUAUAAUAUACAUAUAUUUAUAUAUUUAUAUACACUACAUAGAGUAUUAAUUAAGUAAUACUAAUUAUGAGGAUGUAAUAGCUGUAAUGAAGCAUGAUUAAUUUUGUCCCAGUGUCCAAUGAUCAUGACUAAGAGGUUCAUUUAAUUUAGAGAUAUCUUAAUUUCUUUACCCUUUUUUUUUUAAUCGCUUGGGGGCUUAUAAUUAAUUAAGUCGAAAGUGUAACUCAUAGUAAAUAUCAAUUAAUUAAUUGUUGGAUUCUACAA